CUACAACGGUGUGUCAAGUUGCUGUUUACUGAAAAUCGUACAUGUUCGUUUUUUCGUGAAACUUCUUGCUUGGUGCUGGAGAUUGAUAAAUAGCUAGAUUAAUAAGUGCGAAAUGGCGUCAAGCAAUGACGAAGAGUCUGAUUCAGAAUACGUGCAUCCCAGAGGAGUUCCUCAUUUCCCUGGACAUGAGAGAAGAUCCAACACACUGCCCAUUUGGGGGAACGAAAGAACAAUGAAUUUGAAUCCUCUCAUCCUGACAAACAUACAAACUUCUCACUACUUUAAAACAAAUCUCUCUGAGCUUAAAACUUACCACGAAGUAGUGGAUGAAAUUUACUACAAAGUCCAGCAUUUAGAGCCAUGGGAGAAAGGUAGUCGAAAAACAUCGGGACAAACUGGAAUGUGUGGUGGGGUUCGUGGGGUUGGAGCUGGAGGAAUUGUUUCCACACCUUACUGCCUACUCUACAAGUUAUUUACAUUAAAGUUAACCAGAAAACAACUUAUUGGAUUGAUCACUCACUGUGAUUCCCCUUACAUUCGAGGUCUGGGUUUCAUGCACAUCAGAUACACUCAACCUCCUGCUGAUCUCUGGGGUUGGUUUCAGCCCUACUUGGAAGAUGAAGAGGAAAUUGACCCUAAAGCUGGUGGCGGUCAUCCCAUGACAAUUGGGACCAUGGUUCGACAGUUACUCACAAAGCUGGACUGGUACGAUAGCCUCUUUCCCCGAAUUCCCGUGCCUAUUCAGAUCAACAUCGAUCGAGAACUGGCCAAAAGCUUUCCUCCCGUCCAGCAACAGAGAAGCAUCCAGCAACCCGAGCCGCCUGUUGCCAUGGGCAGAGAUCAGCGUGAUUGGCGUCGUGAAGAACGUCCUUCACGCUCGCCCCCACCACGAAGGGAUCCGUAUCCGCGAUCACGCUCGAGAUCUCGUGAAAGGGAGAGGAUUCGCGAUCGAAGUCGAGAAAGAGACCGUGACAGCAGGUAUCGUUCGAGUCGUGAUCGUGAUAGGGACAGACGUGAUCGCGGAUCAGACAGAGAUAGCAAGAAGAAAUCGUCUAGCCGACAGCGGAGCAGAAGCCGUGAUCGAGACCAACGAAGAAGACGGGAUGAUCGUCGCUAAACGAAAUUAUUUUUUUUUUCUCUUAUCUCUGUAAUUUUGCGCUUCUAAUUUUUUUUUAGUUUGACAUGGAUCCCACAAUUGUGUAAUGGUUCGAUACCUCUGUUUACAUUCAUCAUCGUGGGAUUACAUUUCUUCGAUAAUGGAA